AUGGACAGCAAAGGUUCAUCACAGAAAGCAGGGUCACUCCUGCUCCUGCUGUUGCUGGUGUCAAAUCUCCUCUUGUGCAAGAGCGUGGCCUCCCUUCCCAUCUGUCCCAGCGGGGCUGUCAACUGCCAGGUGUCCCUUCGAGACCUGUUUGACCGCGCAGUCAUCCUGUCUCACUACAUCCAUAACCUCUCCUCGGAAAUGUUCAACGAAUUUGAUAAACGGUACGCCCAGGGCAGAGGGUUCAUUACCAAGGCCAUCAACAGCUGCCACACCUCCUCCCUCUCCACCCCUGAAGACAAAGAACAAGCCCAACAGGUCCAUCACGAAGUCCUUCUGAGCGUGAUCCUGGGAGUGCUGCGCUCCUGGAAUGACCCUCUGUACCACCUGGUCACGGAGGUGCGGGGUAUGCAAGAAGCCCCAGACGCUAUCCUAUCAAGAGCCAUAGAGAUUGAGGAACAGAACAAACGACUUCUGGAAGGCAUGGAGAAGAUAGUUGGCCAGGUUCAUCCUGGAGUCAAGGAGAAUGAGGUCUACUCCGUGUGGUCGGGACUUCCGUCCCUGCAGAUGGCCGAUGAAGAUACGCGCCUUUUUGCUUUUUAUAACCUGCUCCACUGCCUACGCAGGGAUUCACAUAAGAUUGACAGUUAUCUCAAGCUCCUGAAGUGCCGAAUCAUCUACGACAGCAACUGCUAA